AUGUCGGCGGCGAGCACGACCAUCCUCGCGUCAUCUUCCGGAGAACUGCCGCCAGUCUCGUCGACUAUCGGAGCACUCUUUCUCGGAUGGGGCAUUUCUAUGCUCAUCUUCGGCCUGCUAUGUCUUCAGACCUGGACGUACUUCAGCCGCUACCCCAAUGACUCCCCCCGGAAUAAGCUACUUGUUGCAUCGUUAUGUGUACUCGAGAUAGUUCACCAAGUAUGUAUUGGGCAUACGUGCUGGGUGUACAGUAUUACGGAGUAUGGCUCGCUGGAGAAGGUCCUUCUCGGUACGACUGUAUGGAGUCUGAGUGCCAUCAUUGUGUUGUCUGGAAUCAUAGCUGCCACCGUCAAGAUCUUCCUUGGCUGGCGCAUCUACCGAGUCAGCCAAGGCAACUACCUAUGGAUGAUCUUCCUCAGCGGCCUAGCUCUUACUCAAACAGGACUUGGCCUCGUGUUCUCCGUUCGAGCUGUAGAUCUUCCCGUUGCCGAACUCGGGAAGCUGAAGACCAUCGCAACUGUGGCAUUGGCAAUCGGUGCAGUGGGUGACAUCAUAGCUGCACUCGUUCUCUCGUUCUACCUGCAUACGAUGCGCACGGGCUUCCUGAAAUCUGGACGAUUGCUCAACCGUCUUAUAGUCUUCAGCGUGAACACAGGAGCCCUCACAGCGGCUUUCAGCCUGGCAGCUGUGAUUGCAUUUCAAGUGAUGCCCGACAACUUCAUAUAUCUCUCGAUCUACUUUUUCGUGUGCAAACUGUACUCGAACUCGUGCCUCGCAACAUUCAACUCCCGCACCAGUCAAGCUGCUGCCAACGAUAGCUUCGGUCUGCGAUCUGUGCCAACUGCCGCAUCCCACGACCUAUCCAUGAUGCGGCCGCGCGUUGUUCAGAAGCCAUCAUUGGAUGUAGAGGGCGGGUCUGAAAGACAGGCCAACAUCCAGAUUGGCGUGCACCGCGAGGCAUUCACGACUGUGGAUGAUAAGCCAUUCAGGGUAUCUGAAGGCUCUGUUGUCAUUCAAUACGAGAGCCAGUGA